AUGGAGCAAGUGUCCACAUGCGGCGUGCUGCUUCCGUUCGUCAUCGGCUAUGGAGGCCCGACCGUGUACCUGCUGUUCGCAAUGGGCUACCAGCUUUGCUACGACUUCGACAACGUCAUCAGCAGAGCCGGUGGCGUGACCAACGUGUUUACAAGCAUAAGUCGAGCGACGUCGACAAUGCCUUGGUCGAUGGGCUGGAUCAUCGCCAUGUUCAUCCACCUGGUGUUCAACUUGUCCAUCUACGACGACUUCACACGCUUCUGGUGGGCACGCCGGAAGCUACUGCCGCCAGAAGAGCGCGAUGCGUACCUCGAUCUGGUGGCGCGCGCGCGUGACGGCCUCUGGAUGAGGGCGAUUGCCCUGGUUCUUGUAUCCUUCUUCAUGGUUUCGAUUUCACAGCCACUGCAUUUUGCGUUCGUAGCGUUCUAUUUUUGCACCGACGCAUUUUAUCUCCGCGCUGUGGACUUCUUGGAAGAGGAUCUCGCACGCAGAAAGGACUCGACGGCAAUCUACUUGCGAUUUCAUCACCGCACUGCCAACUGGGCGAUGAAAGCACUCGGCGUUGGUAUCGUACUGAGCUGGGCGCUCCACAGCCUUGCAGCGGUAUCCUACGCUCAUUCGAUGUUCGGUUUCCUCGAGCUCCUCUAUGGAGGCUGUCAUGGAUGGCAUGAGCUUGUUACCACCGCGAUAAUAGUGGCUGGUGGCCGUGCUGAGCUCCACCUAAGCCCUGAACCCCCUGAGCACGAACCCCCUGAGCACGAACCACCUGAACGCGAAGCGGCAGAUGGUGCCGACCCUAAGGAAGCACCCCAAGGCGUCCAUAGAAGUCGUCGGCUGCAACGACUUCCACCCGAGUUUGAACCAUUGCCGUAGGCCCUCCUUGGUGUCUCCACCGAGGACCGACGCAGGCAACUUGUGUGAAGCGCGCGCUGCUAAACGACGUCGUGAUCAGCACCGGCAUAUGCAGGAUGUCCGUGGCCUUCGACUUGACACACAAGUGGCUUGCGUCACCGAAUCUUCACCAUAGCCUCGUCAAGCCCUCAACAAGCGCGGUCCUUGUGCAUAAUGCCUGUUAUGUACAGUGCAAGCCAUUCCCUUCAAAUAAUUGUACACGC